UUCCUAGCAUAGUGAGCAGACAAGAAGCUAAGUAAAGCUCGUCGAAAGAGCAAAAACCCAGCAACAAAUCGCAAAAUCCUAAGCCUCUUAAGAGAAAAAUGCCCAUAAUCUCCUGUCCUUUCUAUGCCAAUGUAAACCUGCCAAUUCGAAGCUGUUCAAUUAGACAACACAAUUGGUUUGUAUAUCAUGGCGUUGGCAGUGGCAGUAGAAGCUUUGAUUUGGGCUUGGGUUGCAGCACCCCUAAUUUUGGUGUUGGUGUCAUCAAAAGGGAAGGCCGUCGCAGCGGCGUAAUCAGGGCCGCUGGCUCUGACUAUUAUUCCACUUUGAACGUCAGUCCCGGCGCCACUUUGCGAGAGAUUAAGGCCUCUUACAGGAAGCUUGCACGCAAGUAUCAUCCAGAUAUGAACAAGAGUCCUGGAUCAGAAGAGAAGUUCAAAAAGAUUAGUGCUGCAUAUGAGGUCCUAUCAGAUAAUGAGAAACGAUCUUUAUAUGAUCGCCUUGGUGAGGCAGGUUUACAAGGAGAAUAUGAUGGAUCAGGUGGUGCUUCACCAGAGGUUGAUCCAUUUGAAGUGUAUAAUGCAUUCUUUGGCGGUUCAGAUGGUUUCUUUGGUGGAAUGGGUGAACCAGGAGGCUUUAGCUUCGAUUUGAGAAAUAAGGGAAACAACAGUCUUGACAUUCGGUAUGACCUUUAUUUGAACUUUGAGGAAUCCGUGUAUGGAGGAGAGCAUGAAAUUAAGAUCUCCUGUCUUGAAACAUGUGAUGAUUGCGGUGGAACAGGUGCUAAAUCUAGUAGUUGCAUAAAAUCAUGCAGUGGUUGUGGAGGUAGAGGAGUGGCCAUGAAAUCUCAAAGGACUCCAUUUGGAAUGGUAUCACAGGUUUCUACUUGCUCAAAAUGUGGUGGCAAUGGCAAGAUAAUCACUGAUAAAUGUCGAAGAUGUGGUGGCAGCUGUAAAGUCAAGGUGAAACGAAGCAUGAGAGUCAUCAUACCGCCCGGUGUUAGUGACGGUUCCACAAUGCGAAUACAAGGAGAGGGCAAUUUUGAUAAGAAAAGGGGAUUAGCUGGUGAUCUCUUCAUAGUCCUCCAUAUAGGUGAAAAGCAAGGAAUUUGGAGGGAUGGCCUCAAUCUUUACUCAAAGAUCAAUGUUGGCUACACUGAGGCAAUACUUGGGACAGUGGUGAAGGUAGAAACUGUUGAAGGUAUGAAAGAUCUUCAAAUCCCCUGUGGGAUUCAGCCUGGUGAUAAAGUGAAACUAUCACGCCUGGGGAUUCCAGAUAUCAAUAAACCUUCAGUUAGAGGUGACCAUCACUUUAUCGUGAAUGUUCUGAUCCCGAAAGAUAUCAGACCAAGGCAAAAGUUCAUGAAUCUCCACCAGGUGAGGAUUGUUUACUUGACAAAACAUGAACUUCUGAAUGGAGUAGCACGUUAGGUCGCAGUUAGCUGGAACCAAUGGUCUCAAAGUGACAGGUUACACUAGUCCUUGAUGUUCAUGGCGUGAACUGUUAGAUAAUUACCUUUUGAUCCUAAUAAUGGUUAACUGAUGAGGUGAGGUCAUAAAAUCUCUUUUUUAAUAUCUUUAGUGUCAGGGUUUAGGGUACCACAGGAAUGUUUCCUACACCUUUUCCAUAAUUAGCUUUCCCACCUUAAUAGGGUUCAAUCAGUUGAUCCUUUGCUUACUCCAUAAAAACCAUUAGUUGUGGAUGCAAGGGUUUAACUUUACAACUAAACGGGAGCACACUGGAUAUUUAGUUGUCAUCAUUGGACUUUCUUACUAUUUAUUUUCUUUUGCUAGGGUUAGCAAAGUUCCUCUGAUAUACAAUGUGUAAUCAUGUCCCUAAAACCUGCCAAUGAACUACACUUUUGAUUCGUUUUGUUUUUGGACAAAUCACAGAAAAAAGAUAUAUUUCCUUUUGUUUGUCUUCCCUUGCUAGAUCUGAAAUCUAGGAUCCUGCAAUUGUCAAGAUCAAUUUCAGUUAAGGCUAGAACUUAUGACGUGGGGGCGUUGUGAAAAACACUAAUCGUGGCGAGGUUAGAAACCCUACUAAGGUGAACCACUAAUCUUGGCAAGGUUAGAAAACCCCACUGAGGUGAAGAAUAGCCAAAAUCCCACUUUGGUUGGCUAGGCCAAAGAUAUUAAAACCUCUUACUCUUGAAAAAAAACCUAGAGAAAUAAGCACUCCUGCUUAAGAAAAUAUUAUUUAUUAACUCUCAACUUGGAUAUCCCAUAACUAAGUU